UCUGGAUCCAUGGUGCUGAAGCCUCUUUCCUCCGUUUUUCCUUCAGGAUGGGAUUCUUCAGCCACCUGCGCUCUGUCAAAAACGGGCUUAUCCUCUUCUCAGCUCCAUGUCUUCUUCUCCCACUGCCUUUGGUGAUCGGGACAUCGGAGGCAGAAUGUGCCUAUGUGAUAAUCCUGAUGGCGGUGUACUGGUGCUCAGAAGUACUGCCACUUGCUGUUACAGCACUUCUCCCAGCUCUCCUGUUCCCUUUGUUUGGCAUCAUGCAGUCUAAAGAUGUAUGCAUGCAGUACCUGAAGGACACCAACAUGUUGUUCGUGGGAGGACUGAUGGUCGCCGUGGCUGUGGAGCACUGGAAUCUGCACAAGCGCAUUGCUUUGAGGGUGCUGCUUUUAGUUGGCGUGCGUCCUGCGCUAUUGAUGCUGGGUUUUAUGGGUGUUACCGCGUUCUUGUCCAUGUGGAUCAGCAACACGGCUACCACAGCCAUGAUGGUCCCUAUUGUCCAAGCGGUGCUGGAGCAGCUCAACACUGAGAUGGAUGCUCCUCAGAUACUCAGCUCAGAAGAGCAGGCUCAGACAGUAGAGACUGAUGUUAAAACACCCACUCAGACAGAGAAACAGAAUGAGGGACAAGGUCCCGUGGUGGUGACUUUCUUGGAUGCCUCAGCAGAGCUUGCCCGGCACAAGGAGGCAGCAGAAAGGCGGAGAAUGUGUAAAGGGAUGACCCUGUGUGUUUGUUACGCUGCCAGCAUUGGAGGCACCGCCACGCUGACAGGAACCGGUCCCAAUCUGGUGCUGACUGGCCAGAUGAACCAACUGUUUCCCGAAAAUGAUGACGUGGUUAACUUUGCCUCCUGGUUCGGCUUUGCCUUCCCAAACAUGAUCCUAAUGCUCGUGCUGGCUUGGCUUUGGCUGCAGUUCGUCUUCAUGGGAUUCAACUUUAAGAAGACGUGGGGCUGUGGGGCUGUGAAGACGGAGAAAGACAUCGCUGCUUAUAACGUGAUCCGGGAGCAGUACCGUCUGCUGGGGCCCAUGUCCUUCGGAGAGAUCAGCGUCCUGGGUCUCUUCUGUUUGCUGGUGGUCUUGUGGUUCACAAGGGAUCCAGGUUUUGUCAGUGGCUGGGCAACACAUAUCUUCAACUCCAAAGCAGAGUAUGUGACGGAUGCCACAGUGGCAGUAUUUGUGGCCGUCCUUCUCUUUGUUCUGCCCUCUGAACCUCCACGUUUAUUUUCACGGAGGACGCGCAGUUUCGACGCAGUAGCUCGGCAGUCUACUGGCUCGACACCAACUCUACUCACCUGGAAAGUUGCCCAGAAAAAGUUACCAUGGGGCAUUGUGCUUCUGCUCGGAGGAGGUUUUGCUCUGGCUAAGGGAAGUGAGGUAUCAGGACUUUCAAAAUGGAUGGGAGAUCAGAUGACGCCCCUACAACACAUCCCUCCCUGGGCAAUAGCUAUCAUCUUAUGCCUGCUCAUUGCUACCUUCACUGAGUGCACCAGCAAUGUGGCCACUGCAACUCUCUUCCUACCUGUCUUAGCCUCAAUGUCUCAGUCCAUUGGAAUGAAUCCCCUGUACGUCAUGGUGCCUUGCACGCUGAGUGCCUCGUUCGCCUUCAUGCUCCCUGUUGCUACACCUCCGAACGCUAUCGUCUUCUCCUACGGCUACCUGAAGGUUGUUGACAUGGCUAAAACAGGACUGGUCAUGAACAUCAUCGGCAUCCUCUGCAUCACGCUGUCCAUUAACAGCUGGGGCAAGGCCAUGUUUCACCUGGACACGUUCCCUGCAUGGGCCAACGCCACCGGAGUCUGAGCUUGGUUCUGAGAGAAGACCCGAUCUAUUAACCCUUCACAUGUCAGCCAAAGACUGAUGGUUAGAGCGACAGCACAGGACCAAACAGUGAAAGGCAUGUGUCUGAAUGCUACCUAUGUUUUCAUUGAAAACCAGGUCCCUCUAUUGAGAAAAGGUUCUGAGUAUGAGUAAUAAUAUUGAGAAUAAGGGGGGAUAAAUAACAGUUUUGUUGGGGUUUGGUUUGCUUUUUAUGUGUCAUAAUGAAGUCACACUGCAAAGAAAACCCCUUAUAUCCAAAAUGGUUUGAUAUAAAUAUGCUGUCAAUACAAAUACCUUUACAUACAGAGGAUCUGUUGGGAUCCUUAGCAGAUAACUCCAGCAACACCACAGAAACUAUUUCUUUUAUCAAAAACUUUCAAAAGUAACUCUGUUAGUAUACAUGUUUAGCUUAUGUUGUAUAUCACAAGAACAUAAACAUUUGGGGCUGCUUGUACUUAUGGGCUUGCAUUUUAUGUCACUUCUGUUUAACUGCACUUCAUUUCCAAGGAGCUUGUUUUUUUGACAGAAAACAUUGGACUGCUGCAUUUGUUGCUUGCUUUUUACACUGAAAGCAUGUCAUACCUUUACUGCAAUUUUUAAUAUUGAUACCGUAUAUAAAAGAGUAAGACUGAGACCCACUGUGAUCAGACAUGAUAUUGAGGCCCAGCUUCUGUGUGAACAUAUCAGCAAUAAUUAAAUAACACUGUGACAAGGACAAAUCAGCUGAACAAAAUACUUUUACAGCUGAUAUGCUUUUUUCCUUCCACUUUCCAGAUUUUAGUUCAUAUAAAACAGAUCUAAACAACAUGUUUAUUUCUCCACUGAAAACUUUGAUCUCUUACCUAAACAGGGUUUGGCAACAAAGGCCAAUGAUCAAGUUUGCAAUUUUGUGAUCAUGAGAUGAAGGGCUAAUGUGUGGGUAUACAAGACCGGCCCUCUAGUCAGCAUGUACUUUUACGCUGGCAUCAGUCGGACUUUGAAACGUGUCAUCACAACAAAAUCCAGACUACUAUAAACUCUAUAUACUAUAAACUCAUUGUCAGCAUUUCAGUGUUUACAGUUUUGGAAGGGGUUGGGUUUUAUUUCAAUCAUAGGUUCUUUAUAGAUGACAGUCAUGGUGUAUUUAAUAAUCCUUGUGUACGUAUAGUGUACAGUUUCUUUUGCACAUGUAUAAUGAAAUAAAAAAAUAAAUGGAAAAACACAA